ACACACGUGGUAUGUGGUACGUGUAGAGCUGACUGUUUAGGAGACUGAUAAGCAAAGGUUAUCCACAGCCUUGUUACUGUCAGGUGCUUUUGAAUACUCUGUGGUACUGAAAAUGAGCUUAAGUGGCCUUGAUGACAUUUUGAGUUUUGCAAAUACAUUUGGUCUCAUUUGCAUGGUGGUACAGAAGUGUAGGAGUUUUUAAGCUAAGUAAUACUUGGGUCUUCUAAUGUGGUGAAUUUAUAUUUUACAACAGAAACUUCUGUUUUGUUUCUGAAGGUGGCACCUUGGGGUCAUAAGCUGCUUGUGUUAAAAUCCCCUAGCAGUUUAGUCAUGUUACCAGAAAGAUUAUUCUUUUUUGCUUUCUUUUUUUUUUUUUUUUUUUUUUUGUUGUUUUGUUUUGUUUUUGUUGUUUUGUUCUUUAAAUAGUGAUGUCUUUUCCUGCUAUUGUGGUUGUCAUAAAGUGGAGGAAAAAUCCACUGCAGUCUUUGACUCCAUAGAAAAUAUGGUUCACAAGGGUAGCUGUCGAUAAAAAGAGACUUUGCCACAGGAACUUGAAUUUGAUUUCCUCUUUUCGUGAGUAGUAGAACUUAGCCUAUGGUUUACUCUGAUCCAACUCUUACAAUUCUCUGUGUAAAGUCAGUUAAGUGUAGAGAAUUAUUUUUCAUUUAAACAGCUCUGAAAUGAUAAUUGAUUGAUUUUUAAAAAAAAGCUUUUAGAUGAGUUCUCCUUAGCUGCUUAGCGCACAGACAUAGUAUGCGUUGUUGAAUGUGACUUCCAGGGCUGAAACUGAUUUUAAAAACAUGUUACCCUGAUCUUACAGUGUUACUACGUAUUAGUCUUUGAUGCUCUAUUGGGUUUUGUUUUACAGCGUGGUUUACUCAAGACCAUAUGCAGUGUAUUAACUGAACUGCUUCUAAGGGCUAAGAUUUGUCUUCAGAUUGCUCAUUUCAUCUUUCCCAGUGUACGUAAUGGGGAUCAGAGAGGGACAGAUAGAAUUUCCAUAGUGGCAACAGAAAUUGAUCAUAGCACCCUAGUUACUUUGUUAAUCGUGAGGGAUUUUUUUCUUUCUAGUUUUGAAUUCUUUCGGUUUUCAGUAUGGGUAUCACGUGAAAAAAGAGGUGGUCUGUGGCUUAUCUGUGCCUUCAGAGUUAACAUAUUGAAGGUUGGAGUUUUUUCUUUUGAGCGGUUCUUUGACCUUAUUGAGCGUGGAGAGUGUGGGGGAGGAACCCUUCAAACCCUGGUAACUCAGUGGAAUCACUUACAGUGGUACUAAUAAAUAAGGCAAUCUACGUUCCUGAAUUUGAAGAAUUCUUUACGUCGAAAUGGAUAUAGUUACAACUGAAGGCCAGAGACGUGCUGUAGCAGAUACAGACUUCAUGUCAUGUUGGCCUCCUGUUUAAAAGAAGGAAGGCUGGCAAUUUUAAAGGGACACCGAGAAAGUGAUGACCAAGUGCCAAGUACCAGCUGUCCUUAUUCACCAGAUUGAAGAAGAAUUGGAUAAAGAAGAAGAUGAGAUGAUGAUUUUCCUGUGCCGAGACCUUGCCCCUGACUUGGCUACUGCUGGCCUUAGAGAGCUUUUGGUGGCUUUGAAUGACAGGGAUAAACUAUCUCUUCUUGGUUUGUCUGAGCUGUUGUACAGAGUUAAGAGGUUUGAUUUGCUGAGGAGGAUCUUGAAGACUGAGAAGACAACAGUGGAAGCUAACCUUAGCAGGAAUCCCAGACUUGUCCCUGAUUACAGGGUACUAAUGGUGGAGAUUAAUGAGAAUCUGGAAAAAGAAGAAGUGAGUUCUCUUGUUUUUCUACUCAGAGAUUUUGCUCCUCGAAUAAAAAUGGCAAAAGAUAAGAGUUUUCUACGUCUGGUUAUUGAACUGGAGAAACUGAAUUUGGUGGCUCCAAAUCAGCUGGAUUUGAUAGAAAACUGUUUCCGAAAUAUUCACAGGAUAGACCUAAUUAAGAAGAUUGAGAAGUAUAAGCAAGAAGCUUUCAUGUCCUCCGUUCAUUCUCAGCCUGUGUAUGUAAAUGCCCUUCAGGCAUCUCUCCCUAAUCUCAGUCUGAUUGAUCCUCCCUACAAUUCAGGGUUUCAGAAUGUGAACAAAGGAAAAUCACAAAAUGGAGAAAUCUUCUUUCAAGAAGAACCAGUCCACAUGUCUAUUCAAGAAUCGGGACCAGCAUCACAUAAGUUUCCUCAUGCGUACAGAAUGCAAAGUCACCCUUUGGGAGUAUGCCUGAUUAUAGACUGUAUUGGUAAUGACACGGACAUGUUGGAAGAGACUUUCAGAGGCUUGGACUAUGAUGUUCAUUGUCACAAGCACUUAAAUAUGACUACCAUGAAUGAAACAUUGCUUGAAGUUGCAAGGUUACAGAAGCACAGGAGUUGUGACAGCUUCAUAUGCGUAUUGGUCAGCCGUGGAAAUGCUCAGAGCAUCUUCUGCACAGACCCCAUCUCUACUGGAUUCCCUUUGGAGCAAAUAAAGAAAUACUUUAUGGCAGAUUCGUGUCCUGAACUCCGAGGAAAACCAAAGCUUUUCUUUAUUCAGAGCUACAUCGUGCCAGAAGAUGAGCAAGAAUUUACUAGUCUGGAAAUAGAUGGAAAUGAUAAGAAAAUCAUCUCUAAUGCAAAAAUGCCCUUGAAAGACACUAUUCCCCAGGUAGCAGAUGUCUUUUGGAGUCAGUGCAAGGUGGAUGUGUCUACACUAGAAAAAUCUCCGGUCCCAUCCUCGUAUUAUCUGCGUUGUCUGGCUGAGCUGCUCCGCAAUCCUCAUAAAAGGAAGCUCUCUAUAUUAGAUAUCCAUACGGAACUGAACAAAAGAGUCUAUGAUUGGAAUCAGACAACUGACCCAAGCCAGCAAUACUCACUUCUGCUCCAGCACACACUGAGGAAAAAACUUUUUCUUUCUCCCAGUUAACUGCUAUUGGAAAGGACAUGUCUGAAGUAGCUGAAGAGUGCUUCCUCUGACUCGGUUUCAACCACGCUUUUACUUAGACUUUAUUACUGCACAUGUGCCUAUUGCUUCCAAACACAGGUAUUUAGAAGCAUUUUAGGUUGUUUAGGCACUAUAGAUUUUAAUAUGAAAGACUGAAAGCCUGGAUGGUAACAGCAGCUGUUGUACAGAACGGCAACAGAUCUUACAAGCAAGUGCAACAGGUAAACAGUGGGGAAAGAAUUCUAAACUGUAUGGUUGUUGGAUUUUCCAGGGUUCUGUGCUUUUUUUUUUUUUUUGAUUGGUUGUUUGUAUUUUAGUGAUCUUGAUGUGAAUGCAUUGAACUAGGCUUUUCUUUUGCUGCUUAAAAAAAAAGACAGGCCAGCACAAAUCAUUGAAAUCUAGUAUGUAAACCAUUAAAAUUCACCGAGUACUUUCUCAUCACUUAAAACAUGUCAGGAGAAGAUGCUUACUCAGCAUACCUCCACAGAAUUAAACAAAACAGAAGCAAGAGAGGGAUGGUCUUUUUAAAUAAUUUUGAUUCCAUCUGCCUUGUAUAUUGGAAGUUCUAAUUCACCCAGAACUCGUACUGUCAGUACUAUCCAUAGCACACCAGGAUUGUAUGCUAAUAAAUCAGGCAGUCUGGCAUGUUUUGUGCUGUGUUCACCACUGAUGAAAAAUGACUACGUGUGGCAGCGCUUUGUAGCAGUCUGUGCAAAUUAUAAAUAAAUAGUGGGAUUUUGGCAGGUGUUUCAGGGAUGCUGAAAUGCACUUCACUGUGUGGUACCAGGCAAAGUAUAAGUAUGCUGUUUAACACAUUUGCACCAAAAUGUAGCAACCACUGCUUCUUAAGACCAAAUAAAAUUAAUCCAACACCUUCCCACACAUACCUCUUUUGAAUAUGAAAAAGGUUUAUCAGUUUACUAACUGGUUUGGUUUUGUUUUGUUUUAAGUUUCUCUAAUCUGUCAAGAAAAGGCAGUAGUGAAAGUUGUAGCUUUUUUCCCCCUCCAAUACAACAUAUAACUAACAUAGAAAGUUCAGCUGACCUGCUUGUUAUGUAACAGUAUAAUCUGGAGGACUUGUAUUGAAAUUUAAUGAGUUUAUUGUGUUCUCUUCCCUCCUUAUAUAGUCUACUUGCAAACUUUUAAUACUGCUAUAGUUUGCUGAUCAGGAAAAAAUGCUUUUUCAUUCCUCAGUAUUAUGUUGUACUUCUAGAUGUUGGAUUGACAUUGUUUUUGGUAACCCCAAGUUUUAUUUUUUCUUGUAAAACAAUCUUUUUAUAUAUUAACUCAGAUAAAUAGCAAAUGAGUUUUCAAGUAGCUUCUAUAAUUGUAAGUAAAGUCACGUUUAUCUGGUGUAGCAGAUGUCUAACUCCAUUAAGCUCACGGAAGUCCUUCCUUGUUACGUGGUAUAGGUCCAGUUUCUUCCUGGCUUGAGAGGUUCCUAAACUGCUGAUUGAGGAGAAAUCCACUGAACAGGUUUUGCCUUACAGUCUUUCCUUAGCUAUCUAUAUGUGAUGUUAAGAUCACAAUAUCUAUUUAUUUAUAUUAAUAUACAAUUUUAUGUAAUAUAUAUAAAGUACAUUUUAUAUCAUUAACUGAAGUCUUCAGUUAUGCCUUUUUAAUUUUGUAAAUUUUAAAAAUUUGUUUUUGUAUCUUUUUUGUGUUAACUGUAGAAAAUGAAAUGCAUAAUUGUGAUGAAGAAUGUUUGCACAAAUUAGAAAAAUAUUUUGCUACAUUACAGACCUAUGUAUAACAUCUGUCUUUUCACUUAAUAAGGUAGUUUCCCUUUAAAAAAAAAAUGAAAACUUUUUCUAAUAGCUUUGAAUUGAAAAAUGUGACUCCUAAUUGUAUCUUAAAUUAGGGGUGUGUGUAUUGUCAGUGUUACUGUAAUUUUAUGUAGGUCCAGGUAUAGGAAGACAAAGAUAGUAGCAACUUGUUCUCAGUAAGCAUUAAUGUAAAAAAUACUAAAUUGAAUUUCAUUAUGCUGUAGGUCUGGAAAUAAAUACAUUUAUACUUUUGAGUGGGAAGGUCAAUUCUUCCUUUCAGUUUCUACAUUAUAAGAAAGGGCCUGUCAAACUGGCUCUUUUCAUACACUAAUUGCGUAUUGCUUCUGUCUUUAAUGAUAGAUAAUGUCUUUAAAAAUAUGAUCUGAUGUAUUUCACACACAAAAGUAGAAAGCUUCAGAGUUUUGCAUUAACAGAAGGAUCUAUGUUGUAUGUGAUGGUUAAUAAAAAUAGCCUUCACUUUUGACUCUGAACAUUUCAUAACUGACUAGCUUAUAAUAAAAUAUAGCACAAGUGUAAUUUUGAACUUCCACCUUGCUGAUGUUCCUUCCAUAGGGUGAGAGAAGGAUUAUAAAAUGACAAAUUUGGAGUCUUACUAGUUCCUAUUGCGACUGGUAAGGGAAGCAAAUGGUGUGGCAAAAAAUAUAGACUCUUCUGUGGCUGUGUAAAUCAGGUUUGAUUCAUAAUUGCCUAUAUAAAUAUGUGAUCUUAAUAAAUGCCAUUCCUUCACAAAUUAACUUAAUCAUUCUCCCAUUUUCCUUACUAGCUUUUACAUGUGAUGAGUACUUCUGCUGCCAUAUAGACACCAAAUGCAGGGAAAAUGGAACCAAGAGAGGGCAGAGAGAUGAGGGAAAGAAAUAGUGAAAAUUCAAGCAGAAAUGAAAAGGGAAGUGGUAGGGAAGAACCAAGAGAAGAACACAUAAGGAAAAGAAGAUGUGGAGAUGUACAACAUCAAUAUCGGAAGGAGGAAGGAGAAAAGAUAGGAAGUAAGAAUAACAGUGGAUAUUAUUAAGAGAUCUGAAAACUUUUUUUUGAGUGAUGCUAAGUCCAACUAUUUAGUAGAAUGUUAGCAAUAGGAUAUAUUCUGUUUCUUACGAGUUUGUGACAUGGGUUUGUGUUGAAGGUUGAGGUGUAUUCUGUGCUGUAGUGUAAUCUGUAUUCCCUUAGGAAAUAAAGGAAGAAGCACUGUUUUGAAAACAGUGAAGAUGCCUGUAAAUAACCCUUGUAGUAAAGAAAGGAAAGGAGUUGCUUUGUGUUUGGCUGCUUAGAUCAGAAUUGAUCGCAGUCCUCUAAUGACCAGGGUGUUUGGGGGGACAUGUCCUGUGUGGAGCAGCAUUCAUGGGCAUCAGAUACUGGAUUUCUACCCUGAAGCCUUGACCCUCUGCAGAUUCUUAACUGACACUAGUACUCAUUCUGGAGUCAUUCAUCUAAGCAGCAUUUAUUGCUUUUGCUUCUCCUUCAGGAGUCAAGAGUUUGAUUUCCUGGACUGAUGUGCAGGAAUUUUGCAGUGGCAGAAGUUGUCUGUAACCUCUCCAGUAGAUUUUUGUGUCCCUCCAUGUAUGUGGUAGGGACUACUUAUUCUUGCUGCAUUGUCCAUCUAAAAUUUGGGUCUGGAAAUUGAAUGCUGGGAUCAAGCCCUACAUGCGUUUGACAUGGUCUAGCUGAAUUCCAUUCAGCAGCUAGGAGAAAAGAGGGAGUACAAUUCUGGAUCCAUCAUAACUGUGUUAACAUAGGACCAUAGAAAGUGGCAGGUGCUGGUAGAGUUUAAUGGGCUGCCAAAACAUAUAGUUUUCUGAACCUGCUGUUGAACAAGGAUAUGCAAGCUGUACCUCCUGCUUCUGCAUUGUUCCUGCUCAGAGCAAGGCUGUUGGACUCAUGGCUCCAUGGCAUAGCUUCAGUUCUGGUUUCUGAGAGCUGAAAAACAAAUGUAGUGUACUUCUGUAUGUGUUGUAAAUAUGGAAUGGGGAAAAGAAUUGUCAAAUGUAGAUGAUGCUUUCCCAUUGGCUCAGAAGAUGUAACCCUGCAGCAGGAGAUUCUUUGGUGUUUUACUCCAGUCUUAAUUAGCAUGAUUUUUCUGAGCUUUAAAUCUAGUUUACCUUAAAUCUAGUUUACUUUAUACCGUUAUCUAUUUGUGUCCUGAAUUACAAUCAGUGCCAGCUCAUGAUUCAGAAGUUGCAUUGAAGAGGAACUUUACAGUGCUCGCAGUUGAUGCCCUACUCUGUCUGAUACCUCUUCAACUCUGUAGUUGAAGAAAUAACAGUGACUCCCGUUACGUAUGGUUGAGUCAGAGAAUCUUUACAUGAUGCUUCCUGAGAAUGUUUUUGUGAUACGCACGGCUUUUAAUUUCUGACACGCAGCACGAUGUUGCUGAGAAGAUGCUGGCUGUGGCGGAUGAUGUGCAGCCUGUCUGCUGUGUAUGUGAUUAUGUUCCACUUAAACUGUAUCUUCUGUCUAAAUUAUUUGACAGCUCUGUAGCUAUUACUGAAGGAUGUUUUCUCAGUUUCUGUGUUAGUCAAAAAGAAGUUGAAAGUGUUUCUGGGCAUUUUCAGGAUUGUGCGUCUUUGUGUGCAUUAUUUUUUCAUUUGCGUCACUCUGAGAAUGUAUUUUCAGUUUUUAACUUAUAUAAAUAAUGUCAAAAUAAAUGUGAUUUCAGCUAA